AUGACAGCAAAUGGAACUUUAAUGAAACAGCAUUUGCCUACGCCUGCAAUGACAGCUGCCCCUCUGCCAAAUACGGGCUUUCAUACAAGUCAGGCUGUUUUAAAGCUUAUGCAAUUCAGUGACCGGCUUAGUCCAGGCAACGAGGCAACCGAACUAUCUACGUGGACUAAAUUUGUAGAUGAAUUCUUUACACGGAGUGGAUCACUGAGAUUCACGUUAUGGAACGCAUCGACAGAAGAAAAGAGACUCCAUACAAUUUCACGACCUUCGAUUGCACGAAUUUUUCAAACACAGUAUGAAUGCGGAGUUACCUCACUACAACUCACAAUGGAUCAAACCAAUGAAUACUUUCUUGACAAAGCGAUGCUGUUGGAGUGUCCUCGAUCCAGUUUUAUUUAUCGCUACGAGAAUGGCUCCUUGGUGAUAUUAUUUGGUGUAUUAUCGGUCGUUCUGGUGUCGGAUUCUGUCAGUGGCAGUCUCAAGAUUGAAAAGUUUGAUUUUGAAUGCUCAAAGCAUGAGGAGUUUGUUGCGCGACAAAAUAUCAAUAUUGUUUCAACACCGGCGAAGAAAAAGGGCAAGAAGCCUCCGCCAUCGAUUUUGCCAGACUCGCCUGUGAGCGAAUGGGGUGUACCUGCACGGAUAUUGCAGCUGAUGCUGAUAUCGGAUACUGCUGCCACGUUUUCUGAAAUCGCCUUCACUGCCAUAACAACAGUGGUUCCUCCAGCUAUGGCAUUAAAGAUACGUGCAAAUUUUGCCCAACAACAUCUAAUGGAACUGCAUCGUCGGCAACAACAGCAACAGCAACAGCAACUGCAACAGCAGCAGCAGCAACAACAACAACAGCAAGGAAUUCCCGGCGCGGCAGUAGUACCCCAGCCUACAGGCUUUUACCCAGGUGCUUCGAUACCCAUGGGCGGCGGUAUACAGCAAACGAUGUCUGGACCCGUACGAAUGCCCUCUUAUACCAACAUGCAGCAAAUGCCAUCCUCGCCUAAUGUUUUACCGAACGCUGUGCCGAAUAAUGCAACUAAUUAUGCUCACGUACCCUCGCCGCUGGGAUCCAGCCCUGUUAUCACAAAUAAACGUAAACCUGUCGAUAACGAGGAUGAAGAGCAAUCACAACAACCGCCACAGCAGCAAACGCCACAGCCACAGCAGCCGACACCUACGAAAACGGCUACGCCGCGUAAGAAGAAGGCUGCCCGCAAAGGAUGA